AUGUACAUUUUCAUUGCAGCUCUGUCAGUCAACUCUGUUCUUUUCAGCACUGCUAUCUACCCAAAGCUUUUGAUUGACCUUUUAUCUGAAAAACAGAUGAUAUCAUAUUCAGCCUGUCUCUUUCAGUAUUUUAUAUUUUACUCUUCAGGUGGUUCAGAUUUCUUACUGCUGGCAGCCAUGGCCUAUGACAGAUAUGUGUCUAUAUGUAAACCACUGCAAUAUCCAACUAUAAUGAACAAAACAACUGUCAAUAUUUGCCUAGGUCUGGCUUGGCUUCUGCCUGCGGUUCAUGUUGUGGCUUCAGUUGCACUGGGUGCUAAUAGAAAUCUCUGUAACUUUACUUUAAAAGGAAUUUUUUGCAACAACUCAGUUUUCAAACUUUAUUGUGUGAGCUCCAGGCUGAUAUCUGUUUAAGGUGUGGUUAUUUUGUUAAAUGUUGCAUUUUUCCCUGUGCUUUUCAUACUCUUCACAUACACCAGGAUACUUAUAAUAACCUAUAGAAGUUGUAGAGAAGUCAGGAGAAAAGCUGCACAGACCUGUUUACCACACUUGAUCGUUUUGAUGAACUUCUCAUGUUUGUGUGCAUAUGAUGUUAUUGUAGCUCGACUAGAGUUUGAUUUUCCAAAAAUAGUACGUUUAAUAAUGACUUUACAAGUGGUUUUGUAUAAUCCUCUCUUUAAUCCAAUAAUAUAUGGACUAAAAAUGAAAGAAAUUUCUAAACACUUGAAGAGGAUGUUCUGUUCAGACAAAUCGAAUCAGAGACAACUCUGUCAGAUUUCUACAAAAACAUAA